AUGUCCGCCCCUAAUAAGAUCGCCGAGUUCCCCGACGUCGAGGCCAAGCUCCAGAAGCCUACGAAGCAGUCCGCCUUCGAGCGUCAGAAGGCCGAAGCCGAGGCCAAGCGAUUGCGAGAAGCUGCCGAGACAGCCGCCGUAUACGAGGACUUUAUCAAGAGCUUCGACGCCGACGCCGACGAUGACGAGCGCAACCACUCCGACCGAGGUUCAGGCGGCUUUGGACGCCCGCCGCAGCCCAGGGGUGGCGGCUUUGGAGGAGGGGCAGGUGGAGGACGCAGGCACUUUGGUGCACCGGCUGCGCCUGGGGCCAUGAAAGCCAGCGGGCCAGGAUCCCUCGGCCCUGCACCGCCGCCCAUCAGCUUUGGGAAGAAGAGGACCUACGACGGAUUUCAGACCAACAACGACAGGAGAAGGGACCACUCAGCGACCGGUUCGGGGCGGCUUGGUGCCGGCUUCGACGACAACGAGCUCGGCCAGAAACCAAUUUCGAAGGCUUUUGAUGCAAGCGACGAUGAGGAGGAGCACACGGGCCUGGAUCGGUCAGAGGAGAAGGCUGUGGCACGCCCAACACUACGACUUGCGAACCUACCCCCUGCGACGUCUCCUGCCGUGAUAAGGGCCUUGAUACCGACGAACCUGGUGGUCGAGGGCGUUAAAAUACUCUCUCAUUCGGCUCCUGGUGUCACCGGCACAGAUCGCAAGUCGAUCGCCGCCAUUGUGACCCUUUCGCAAGAGACAGCGGCAUCUGAGAUCGAUGCCGCCGUCAGUGCCCUUCAGAACCGCUAUCUUGGCUUUGGCUACUAUCUCUCCUUGCACCGGCAUCUUUCAUCCGCUGCUAUCGCCGCGGGAUCGAUGACAAAUGUGAUCGUCUCGACAGUGUCACAUCCAUUCGGUGCAAAGCCGGUGGCUCAACCUGGACCUGCAAGUGGGCCAGACACGCGGGGCCGCUUUGCGCCUCCAUCUUCAUAUAAUCAGAUGGGAGCUGUCAAUCGUGGCGUCUUGUUGCAUGUUCCUGUGCAACCACCAAGCGACAUCAAGCAGCUACGCAUGAUCCACAAGGUAGUGGAGUCGGUGCUCGAGCACGGGCCAGAAUUCGAGGCAUUGUUAAUGUCACGGCCUGAUGUACAGAAAGAAGAGAAAUGGGCCUGGAUCUGGGACGCCAGAUCACAAGGUGGAAUAUGGUAUCGCUGGCGCUUGUGGGAGAUCCUCACGGGAGGUGGGCAGUCGAGAAGAGAAAGGGGCAAAUAUCUCCCUCUCUUCGACGGGGGUUCUGCCUGGAAGGUGCCCGACAAACAACUAGCUUACGAAUACACGACGGGUGUGGACGGAUUUGUAUCCGAGUCUGAAUACGACUCGGAGUUUGACGACGAAGACGAGGACGAGCCCAAGAUCAUUACAGAAGGGACCAAGGAGCCAGAUGAAGUAUUCCUCAACCCGAUCGAAAAGGCCAAGCUCGUUCACCUGCUGUCACGGCUACCGACGACACUCAGCAAGAUACGCAAAGGCGACAUCGCAAGGAUAACCGCGUUCGCGAUAAUGCACUCGAAUCGAGGUGCCGAUGAGAUAGUCGACCUGAUCGUGACGAACCUCGAGAAGCCCUUAUCAUUCAGCUCCGCCAACCCAGACCACCUCAACGAUGCGGGCCCGGACCAACCAGGCGACCACUCGCGAGACACAUCACCAACACCCAAGGACCCAGACCCUGCAUCCCGUGACACGUCGGGCGCCAAGCUCGUGGGCCUCUACGUCAUCAGCGACAUCCUGUCGUCGUCGUCGACAAGCGGCGUCCGCCACGCCUGGCGGUACCGGCAGCUGUUGGAGGCGGCGCUCAAGGCGCGGCGCUCGUUCGAGGGGCUGGGCCAGCUGCCCGAGCGGCUCAGCUGGGGCCGGCUGCGCGCCGAGAAGUGGCGGCGCAGCAUCGGGCUGGUCCUCAGCCUGUGGGACGGGUGGUGCGUGUUCCCCAACGACUCGCAGGAGCUUUUUGUCCGGAGCUUCGAGAACCCGCCCAGCCUGCGCAAGGAUGAUGACGACGAUGAGGAGCUCAAGGCCGAGGCGAAGAGGGCUGCUGCUGGUGGGAGCCGCUGGAAGACCGUGGAUGCCGCCGCGGCGGAAGUAUCUGCGGCUGAGGAUGGUCUGCCGCCCGAUGGGGCUGACUCGGAUGGGAGCUAUGAUGAGUACACGGACGACGAGGAGGCUGAUAAUGAGCUGCUCGCGCGGUACCACAUCGACGGUGAGCCACUGCUUGACAUUGAUAUUGUCGGCCUGGCCCUCGAUGGCGAGGAUGACAUUCAGAUGGGAGAAGACAGCGGUGGUGGGUUCGCGCCAAAUGUCAAAAAAGAAGAGGGAACCCCUGAUACCGAGACGAAAGCCGGCGGCCUUUCCAAGAUGGCGUCUUCUUCGUCGCUAGGUCCUGGAGGCAAGCGCAAGCGGGUCACUGCUGCGGACAUGUUUGCGGAUUCUGACUCUGAUGGUGGGAACUAG